AUGGCGCUACAGCAGGGAAAUGUGUUUGGUAUUGCUAGUACUGAGAUUGUGAGUACACAGCCUGCAGGGGAAGAGAGUGUCGGGCGACUAUUUGUGCAGAGGAUUGUGGAUGCAUGGAGUGUAUAUGAGGUGGGGGGUCGGUUUUUGAAUGUGAGACCGCAUUGGGCAAAAGAGUGGGAGGAUCUUACCAUUCGAGGGGUGGAGAUAAAGCAGCAUUUGAAGGAUAACUGCUAUAACGUGGAGAUCUCAAGUUCCCUGAGUGUACUUGCAGAUAUUGGGGACGAACAUGGCUGGACGCUGGAAGGCCUCAAUCAGCGGUUUUCUAAUCCAUUGCUCGAUUCAUUAUUCUUCUGUUAG